AUAACAUUAUCAGACUAGGGUUACGAGCCCACGGGCUUAUUAUGUUAGUUAGGGUUUUGUUACGGUGUCUAUAUAUUGUAACUCAACCAUUCAAUAAUAUCAUUCAGUCUUUUACAAUCUUACAUGGUAUCAGAGACAACAUAGGCUCUAUAUCGUUUCUGCUGCGUCACACACAAAUAAAAACCCUAGCCGCCGCCACCGAGUUCAAACCCUAGACAGGGCGGCGCGCCGCAACCGCCGCCGCCCUGUCCCAUCUCCGUUUAUAGUUUAUUUUAUUUUCUUUUCUAGUUUUCGGUUGAAUAAAGCCUCAAUUCGAUUGCAACCUAUUUUCCCCGUCAUUUGCCACUUAUCACCUCCAAUUUUGUGCUCAUCGUUGCUCCUUGGAUUGAUAUUAAUCAUUUGAUACUUAUCAAUUGUAGUGAUUAAUAUUAAACAAUUGUUGGUGGAUUGAAGUGAGGAUAUUCAUCCAUUAUUGGUGAAUAUUAAUUAAUAUUUUGCUUUGAUUAAAGUGUUGCCGUUGACCGGUAUGCUACGGCACCGUCUGAGCAGCCAUAACACUCACCCAUCAUACUCCUCAAGCAGUUUAUUGCCACCACGCCGCUGCCGCUCUCUUUUGUUUUUAUUUAUUGCCGUCGACUUCGGUCCGCCGCUUAUUGGACUACGGUCCCUACCAUUGCAGUCGACUUCGGUCUGCCGCUUAUUGAACCACGGUUCCUUUCUAUUGUCGCUGACUUCGGUCCGCCGCUCAUUGGGCUUCGGUCCAUCACAGCGCCGCCUGCAGGACUACGGUCCGCUGCCGCGUUGCUAGUUAAGUUAGAUUUCUACUUCGCAGUCGUUGCGCCGCUGCAUUGAACGCCACUUGUAGGAUUAGGGGAUUUGUCAUUGAAGACUAUGGAUGGCAAAAUCAAGCAAAAUAUGGAUUUGUUGGCAAAAGUUUGGAUUGUUUUCCCAGUCUGAGCUUCUGGUUUCCUUCCGCUCCGACUACGGGGGAGUAUUAGAUAACAUUAUCAGACUAGGGUUACGAGCCCACGAGCUUAUUAGAUAUGCAUCCAUUCUGACCCCCAUUUGGUGUCCCCUCAAGACCCAUGAACCCGAACACAACCCAACCGCAACACCCGUUUAACCUUCAAGACAUGGACCCGAGCAUGUUAACGUACGUGGCUUACUUGAGUGGCGCUACUCCAUUCGUGCAACCCACUUUUGGCUUUGGUCAAGCCGGCGGGUCGCAACCUUCACAACAACAAGCCGAACCCGAUGUCGAUGUCGUGCUGAAGACGCAACCCGAACCGGUGCCAGAGAAAUCGAAGCGCGGCAGAAGGUCGCAUAAGAAGAAGGAAGCGAACGAACGGUCAAAAACAUCAUCCUCCGUUGACCCUGAAACAUCGACUUCGGAUGCCCGCAAUGUCGAUCUAAAUGAUGUUGUGGAGCUUGACGAAGAGCAACUUGAAGAAGAGUUGGCCCGACCGCCCGAUAGAAGAAAGGAUAAGCGAACCGUGAAAAAAACGGUGGAGUCGUCUUCCGAUCUCGAGUUGAAGGAAGAUUUCGAGGAGAUGAACCGUCGUCUCCAAGACAUUCGCGUCCUCGACCACCAACGUUGUGAGAUUAUGAAAGAACGAGUGGCCGAAACCAAAAAGUUUAACGAGAUGCAAGAGGCGAGGCAAAUGGAAAAGGACAUUGAGUUUUUGUCCAAACCGAUCGACCACCUCCAAGGCGACGCGUUGAUCCUUGCGCAAAUGCAUCGCCAAAAAAUUCGGGAAAAAUAUGGACUCUAGAGUGUCAUCCUUUUUUUAACUUUAUUUUUUUUCGGUUUUUUUAUAUUCUGUUUUUU